UAAAAAAUAAGGACAAAGGGAUGGAGGAGUACUCAGGUGAAGACUUCCCUGGAUUCCAGAUUGGUGUUCACAAAGAAGAGUAUGUGUUUAAAAGGCCACUGAGCAGACUGCAAAGGCGAGCUCCAUGUCCUCUGAAGCUCAUUAAGCCUAUUAAUAAUGCUUCUUCUGCUGAAAGCAAUGGUGCAUCUAAAGCAAUGGGUUGCAGUUUGAAUUCAUCCUCAUCCCCAACACCACAAUCAUCAUUAUCAUCAUCUUCUUCUUCUUCUUCUUCUUCCUUCGGUUCGUUCCAUCAAAGUAAAGAUCCCAUCCCUCUGCUAUCCCCACUUGUGUUGCCUUCUAUGCUGGAAUCUUCACUUACACAAGAAGGAAAUACUGCAAAAUCACAUUGAGUUUUGUAAUUGUAAUAAUCUCUCUGUCAUUGUCAUACAUAUAUACAUUUAGUAUUCCUGUAAUUAAACUUUGUUUAUCUUUA